CUCAUAAAGUCUGCUGCCAUUGGCUCACUUCAGUCACGUGUUCAUUUCGAAGAUGGCGUCUCCAAAUGGAGGUGAAGACUUUGAAACAUCUUUACUCAGUUUGGAAAAACUGGACAGAGCGUCACCAGACCUUUGGCCAGAGCAGUUGCCUGGAGUUGCCGAAUUUGCUGCAUCUUAUAAAAAUCCCAUCACAAAUUCACCCCCCAAGUGGAUGGCUGAGCUUGAGAGCGAGGACAUUGAAAUGUUAAAAGAGCUGGGCAGCUUGACAACAGCGAACCUAAUGGAGAAGGUCAAAGGUCUUCAGAACCUUGCUUACCAACUGGGCUUAGAAGAAUCCAGAGAAAUGACCAGAGGGAAGUUCCUGAACAUCUUGGAAAGGCCCAAGAAGUGAUUUUUUUUUUUUUUAGCAUUUUUUUUUUUACAACAUAUUUGACAUGUGUAA